AUGGCAUCGCCGGCCGCUGCCUCCAGGACUUCCUCCAACGAGACCUCGUUCUCGGCGUCGCCGCAGGAGCUGCCGCCGCCGCCGCCGCCGACCUCCGUGGCCGUGGUGGGCUCGAAGGCGAGCUCCCCGGGCCCGCGGCUGCGCCCGGUCAGCUCCCAGGACGCGCUGCCCACCGCCGCGUUCUACGGGCCGUUGGAUGCAAAAAACCCGCUCCUCGCCUCCUUCGAGAAGGAGAUCCGGGAGCUGUUAGGCUUUGUAAAGAAAAAGAAGGUGCUAGCCUCCACGGACGAGCAGAAGCACGAGUUCCAUCGGCGGUGUUCCACCACUUUGUUUAAUAUAUGGACCAGAUACGCCCCCAGGCUGCCAUCUGACUAUUACAAAGAAAAGCUUCUGAAGGUUGGAGAUAGCCUCUGCCAAAUGAAAGAAUACAAGCUGGCCCUUUUACAGUGCUACGGAAGAUAUCUUCAGCAGUUCACUACUGAGUUUGAUGAGAAUAAAGCAGAUGUGAAUGAAUUCAAGACUGUCUUUUUUCCAAAAGGCUUUGGAGACGAAACUGCUGGACUUACAUUUCAUGCUUUGAGUGGGAAAAAUCUUUGCAACUACCAGCUGCUGUGUGACAGUGAUGUCAACCUGCAGAAUAAGGAGUCUGUGAGCCAGUGUCUGCAUAUCUUGUCCUCCUUAAGGCUCAUCAUGCAGGUGGCUCUCCCCCAGGAGCACCUUUGCUGGAUUAUCUUCAAUGGUACCAUUUACAUUUACACCAUUUGCCGUAAGCUGAUGAUCAUGGGGCUGGCUUCCAAGGCCUUAGAGUACCUGCUGUGGGCCAGUAUGUGCAUGGAAUCCUCUGUCCCGCUCCUGUCUGUCCGGUACCUGACCUGGAGGACAACUCUCUACUCAGCUGUUUGCCAGUGUCACUAUGACUGUCAGGCCAGCAUUCAUGGAGAGGCAUUUGCCCGACGCGCCUUAGCUAAAAUUGAUGAGUUGAGGCAACUGGAGUUAAUGAGCUCCUCACAGUCACAGGAAGAAUCCCGAGUAUGUUACAGAGAGGCCACAAUAAAGAUGGCUGUGAUGAUCUUCAAAAGAGGAGUGUAUGAGUCUAGAAGAAGAAGCAAAGUUGUCUUCAGACCCAAGAUAGGACUUAAUGUGAAAGAAGUUCAAAGUAUGGCAUGGCCACGCACUGUCACUGAAAGACUGUUGGAUGAGAUGUUUGAUAGCAACGCAUCUCAGUUUUUGGCUGUUUUGGAAGCACUGUCUGACUCAAACAGGCGGAUCCUGCAAACUGGACCUUUUGUUUCUGAUGAGGUGGAGCUCCGUGAUGUCGUCUCAGAACUGUUUAUGGCAGGCAAAGAACUUUUAAUAUUUUCAAAUGUUGAUAUACAUGGGAAGCUCAGUUUCCCUAAAUCCUCUCUCCUGGAGUUGAUGAUAGAAGGAAAAAAUGUUAUUUCUGUGGACAUGACUGUGAAAUUUGUAAAAUUAGCUUUCACUUAUGAAGAAUGGGGAUUGUUCAAAUCUGCAGCUGGGCAGCUCAUUCAUUUUCUCCAGACGCAGGAAGAUCCCGAAUCAAAGAAAACCGAGAAGGAUUUAAUCCUUUUGGUUGCAAUGGAGCCACUCAUCAACACAAAGAAAAAGAAAGGUUUGAUCUUUCCUUUGGAUAAUGAUAAAGAAGGACAGUCGUCAGUUCAGAGUUAUUUAAAACAAAUUGCUUGUCAUGAUUCGUUUGUGAAGUUCUAUGGCUAUUCAGAAGAUAUUUUUCAUUUGGCAUCAAUUCUGCAUCACUGUGUCUGUGCCUGUCCUCAGGAUGUCCAACCCAGUCCAGAGAUCGUGACGGACAUUAUCAUGUUCUUAUGGCAGAAAUGCAAAUCAGGGAUUCAGAGUAUGACUGUAUCCAGAAGUGACCAUGCAAAGUUGACCCAAAAGAUCAGCACUAACAAAUGGGUUUAUCUUCUGUGGCAGAUAAGUGAGGUGAUCCACUGCUAUAAGACGGAAGAUGUUGAUAUCGUGGUGGUAGCUGAGGUCACAUUACGAAUGAGUGAAAUAUUAGAGUCAUUAGGAAGCCAAAGGAGAAAAUUCAAAAGACACCUAGAUAUAUCUACAAGAAGAAAGACAGAUGAAUUAUCUGGGCCUCCAAAAGGGAUCCCAGAAAUUCUCCCUAUAUUGAAGAAACAACCCACGGAACAGUUGUUUUAUGCCUAUGAACUUCUUGAUAAGGUGAUUGGGAAACUGAACAGGAGUUGCAUGCUGUCUACUUUACCAAAUGAAUCAUCAGUAAUUGACCAUUGCUAUGUCAAGUACUCCCAUGAUGUAGAUGGAGACAGCUACAAGCCAAUCUCUGCAAACAGCUUCAUGAUGGAUCUGCAUCUUGAACUCAUCCAGGCUCAGCACCGAAUAGCUGUCGUACUGCUCUACCAGCUGCAAGCUUUGCAGAUUCCAGGCACUAACACGAAUAUUUCUACCAAAGGUUCCGAAAAGUUAAGACCAUCUGGAAGCACUGAUUGUUUCUCAGAAUUAAGUGUAAUGAAUAAAAUCAAGAAGAAUAAACUAUCCAAAGCAAUCUACUUAAUGCAGAAAGCUCUUCUCAUAUUUCAGAAUGAUCCAGCUUGUAAAUCUUCACAGGACUUUUUGAUGGAAGCAUAUUCUUUAAUUGAGAAGGUUGAAGCAGAACAAAAUACCCUGUAUUCCUAUCAGAAGUAUUUGGAAAGUUCAAAAUCAAAGCGGAGCAGAAUCCCUCCCCCACCUAUCCUGCUAUCCCGAUCCCACUGUUCUGUGACUCUCAAGCCUGCCCCAUUCAUUUCAGAUGUCAAGGUGUGCUGGUACUGCAUAUUGGGUUGCAAAGCAGAAGGAAGUUAUGCAAAAGUCAGGCUAAACAAUAAUCACCUCCCCAAUUCUGGAGAAGCGAUACCAGCCGAUGGUAAAAGCAUCUUUGAAGUCAAAGGCUUAGAGACUAAUGAAAAAUACGUGUUUGCAGUGGCUGCCUAUUCUUCCACUGGGAAGUUGGUGGGUGAUGCUGUUGGAGAGACAACUAAACCAGUUCUAAUUUACCCACCCCUCUCUGCUGUGACUGCUCGCAUGUACCUCACACAGGUUGCCUAUCAGAUCGGUAGCUAUGAGCUGGCCAAGAAAGUUUUCUCACCAGCUUGGGAUUAUUUUGUUGCUUCACCCCCUCAGGAUGAGCAGUCUGUUAUUUGCUUAAGCAAUAUCAUGACAGUAACGCAGAGAAGGCUGCAUUUGGAUAUUUUGGCAGAAACUUCUUCAAUCCUUUUAUACCUUUUCCUUAGAAAUAUCUUUAUAACAAGUGACAUUAAAAUUAAAGAAGAAAAUCUUUUCUGUGAUAACAUUAAAGGCAAUGAGAUCUUCCCUGCCCAACAAAUUGCUAGACUGAACGAAUGUGAGAGAAUACUAGUGGCAUUGGACCUCAGCAACUUCCUCAAUGAUCCCAGCUAUGCCCUCCAAGCAGUGACUCAGUGUUAUGGCCUCCUCUCACCUAUCAUAUAUCACAAUAUUGUUCUGGUACCUGUUAUACAGAUCUUGAUAAAGUGUAUCGUGGUGUUGCAAGGAAUACCAAAUAUUGUUCACUCAAGGAAACAAAUGUCAAGUUUUGAGAGCGUGCAACACAUGAUAGCCUGUUGUAUCUUCUACAUGACAAAGAUCCUACGUUCAUGGAAGGAAUAUGACCUGGCAAUAAUGAUCAUAAAUUAUGGAAAAAAGCUGUUGGAUAUCACAAUAGGGUGCAGAUCUGUAUUUGGUUAUGAACAAGAAGAAACUGUAGAAAAGGGCUCUUGUUCUAAGAAAUAUUCAAGAGGGAAGAAGCCCCAGCAGGUACUGUUGCCUGAAAAAAUAAGCGAACAGCUGGCCUUGGUGGAGACACAUCUACUAAAACUGACAAAGCAAUACACUACAGCAGAACUCUCAGGAUCAGAAGACCCUAUGUUCCUUUAUCCCAUAGUGUCAAAUUGGACAGUGAAAGGUGCAAUAAGGGAAGUUAUGAAAUUUAAGCAAAGACCUAGAUUCCUGGAAUUUUUUACGCAAGUUAUGCUUAAAUGCAUGAAUGAUGAAAAAUUUCAUCUCGUGGUGGAGAUAGCAGCUCCCGUUUGUGACUUCUUAAGAAGGAGGUAUGAGUCCCUUCUUGGAAUAAGAAAAUUAAUACGUAAGGACAAUUAUUUGUAUAAAAAGAUAGGCAAGCCUGUGAAGAAGUAUAGAGCCGUAGUAAUAGAGAUCGAAAAAGAUCCAGAAGUGGUACCAAAAAAAAAGAAGAAGGAAAGUUUAAAAGAUUUCUUUUUCAAGAAUCCAUCUGUUUAUGAACUAGAAGAACACGAACGAAAUAUGAGACCCGACAUUAGAAAAGUAGCAUUUCGAAGCCUGACUGAUAACCUGAAUCCUAUAUUAUUAAAUUUUAUUAGAAGAAAGAGGUUUCACCAAAUAUUUCUUGAAGAGCUGCCUUGGAAAGCUCAGAUGAACUUAUACCUGGCGAGUGCACACUUCCACUUGUUUUUACAAAAGCUGGGGGAGCAUAUGAAGAUGAAAUUUGGUGCAUCACAUCCAGUGGUCAGCUUCCGCACAUGUGAUCCUAAUCUCUUCUCACUGUAUAAUUCAGGAACGGUACUACCAACAGCAAAACUGACAGUUGACAAUUACAAAGCAAUGCUUGAUUUCCUGACUGCGCUUAAACAAAGAAGGUCGCUAUUACUCCCACCAGAUACUGAAGAAAUUUCUGCAUUUUGGAAUGCCAACUCCACUGAUGAAAAUGUUUGCAAGACACAAACUCAAACGCUUUGUGACUCGGACUCUAAAUUGAAUUUUAAUAUGAAUGCCAAAGACAAAGACCGAGCAAUAAGCUGGGGAAUGGAUCACUUCAUGAAAGUAUUCUCAUGUUGCAGGAGAGCCAUGGUCCUGGCACACCGUGGCGGCUACUGGACUCUGCUGCAGAACUCGUGCCGCACCUUCUGGAACUUCACUCAGGAAUUGCACAUUCUCUUCAAGCAGAUGGAGGACCUCUACAGAAUCUUUCCCAUUAGUCACGAUGGCUUCCUCUGUACCUCUGUUUUGCCAUUCAGUUUGGGGGCAGAAUUACUUAUUGACAUGUUAGUACAGCUCCAAGAUAGCAAGUCUAUUAAGCCUAUCGAAGACGAAGGAGAAUUCAGCAUUUCGAGCUGUUAUGGGAAUAUCAAACAUGACAAUGGCGGCUCCAGCCUUACUUUUGAACACCCUCUGGAUGAUAUCAAUGUGGUUGAUUUGAAAUGGAUCCAUGACUUUGUGUUAAAAUCUCUGGAAGUUUUAUAUCAAGUGGAAAAAUGGGAAUCACUGGUAUCCCUUGCCAUUCAAUUCAAUAUAAUCUCACAUGAGAGGUACACAGAACAAGUGACCCCGUUGCUGGUGUUCGCACAGCGCGAGCUGCUUCUGAGAAUAGAGAAGUUCAAAGGUCCAGACAUUUCCCAGCAAGCUUGUGCGAGAUACGAGGCUGAAAAUGGAGAGAAGAUAACUUGCCGAAACUUCAUUGGGAAACAGCUCAAGGCUGAUCCUCCAUCCAAGACAUUGCCUGGCCUUGAUAGCCAUACGGAUGUACUAAAACUGCUUAUCGAUGCAGAAAGCAUCCGAGCCAAACAGCUCAUCUGUGUUCCACUGGAUGUGACAGACACUUUGAGGUGCUUUAGAGAGACCCUGGAAAAAUCCAAAUAUCAUAACAGAUCUAUUCGACACAGCAGGAAGUUGCUUUCACUAUUUCUUGCACAGACACAAGAUGACAAAGGAGGAAUAAACAACUCAACAUUCACUUCUGGGAAGGUGCAAUUUUGCCUGGAGACUGAAGAGAUGCACAUGCCAACACCCCCUGACCUUUCUCAGGAACACUUCAGAGUUUUCAGUUCAGUGGAAAAGAGCAAACUUCCCUAUUCACAGCUGGGGCUGGUCAUUUCUUCCUAUCAGCAAACCAUUGAUGUUCUCCAAGCCAGCAAUCAAAGAAGUCUUAAAGUUCAGGCAUUGCAUUCACUUGGAAGUCUUCUCGUCUUUGCAGAAAAGAAAAGGGCUGCUUUUAAGUGUUGGUGUCAAGCUCUUGAUGACAUAUUCAGAAAACCAGAUGCCCUACACACCUGGAAAGAAUUUGGCACCCCCAUUCCGAACACCACCAGCAGCUCUUCACCUCCCUGCUUCAAAGAUUACAGUGAAGAAUUUCUUUCAAAACUUGGCAUUUGGGGGUGCUUGCAAGGCGCGGUUAUAUCAGCAAAGAUAGCACAAUUUAUUAAGACAGUGAAUGUUAAAAAGAGAAUCAACUGUUGCAUGUUGUCUGCUUUGCUCUUUCAGAGUUUGCUUCGAACCACACUUCCACAUCCCAAAGCUGAACAUAACUACGCUCAGUAUGAAAUCACUCAGCUUCUCCCGGGCAUUGAACUCUUCUCGGAUAAGUACAGGGCUGACAUCUGCUCUGUCGUUGCGAGCCUAUAUUAUAUCAUCCGUGAACUGCACUUUGCUAGGCACAAUCUAAUAGUUUUGCCUCUCCUUGCAUUGUAUCAAUAUUUUGUUUCUGGAAUUUGUCAAGACUUAGUCAGAAAUCUAAAAGCAAGAAUCCUCAAGAUUGAAGUCCUUAUAGAUUUGAGUUUCUUUUCUGAAGCCUUCUAUGAGCUAUCCCAGAUUUCUUAUGGAAGAAACAUGCCUUCUGCAAUACCUGCUGGCUAUAAAGCUACUGGAAAAAUUAAGAUACUUCAACCGUUUGACUCAGGCAAACCUCUCUCCAGCAAAGAGAACAUUCAGGCUCUUGAUGAAUUAAUAAAUAAAGGCUUGCCUCAAAUUCUGGUUAAUCUUGGCCAACCACAUCUGUUGCAUAAAUAUUCCUUUGUUAAGGCAUACUUUUUCAUAAGUGUGGCUGCCACAAUAAACUGUGUUCCUGAUAAUUCACUGAAAACAUUUGGUCAUGGGCAUUUUACUGAGAAGAAUAAAUCAAAUCCUACAAACUUGAAAGAUAUAUUUUUGAAGGAGAAUGACAACUUAUAUUCUCCGCUUCCAAAAGUUAAAGAUGAAUACAAUCUUAAUUUGCUAAAGGCAGUUUUACUGAUGGAAGCUGAAGACAGGCUCAACCUGCUGGUGCUGGAGCUGGAGCAUACAGCUCACAAGGACCUGUCCCAGUACAGCGCUGGAGAACUGGAGAUUCUGGUGGAGACCAGGCUGCAGCUGGCGGCCAUCGCCCUGCAGAGGCACCGGGCGGCCUACAGUGCUGCGCUAGUGUAUUCCACACUCAAGCUUCUCCAGGAUUCCAAACUGUUCAAAAAGAAGGGAGUAGAGGAUGAUUCAGAGGAUCUUGACUCUCCAGGAACUUCUGCCACAGAAAUUAAAAAUGAGAAUGAGUUCUUAGACCCUGUUUCCCUAAAUGCUCGAGAAUAUUUCAACAUUCACCUCUGGCUGAGAUGUCGUGUAGCACUGGUGACUUCAUUUAUUGCCCAGAUUCGUGGCAUUGGCAUCAUGAAAGAGAAUGAUAUGACUGACUGUUUGAGUCUCAUCAAUGAAGUGUGUAUGGAGGCAAAGAGCGCACAUGACCCUGAGCUCCAAGCAGAGUUCCUGAUGCAAGCUGUGAUCCUCGGCCUGCAGGAAAAGCAUUUGAAGGCAGACAUAAUAAAGAACCUUCAGGAGAUCAUCCAUUUGCUGGACAGAAAUGAGUUUCUUUCUCCUCAAUCUUGGCUAACCUUGGCGAGAAGUCUAGUUCUAUUGGACGACUUAACCAAGGCUGAGAGAUUCAAGGAGUCCUCUAUGAAGGCAGAAAAAAUCGUGCUUUUGACUCAAGCUCACAGCAUUCUCAUUGAUCAGAUGCUAACUUUUGGCGAAACAAUUGAAUUCCCUUUAUCAAAUGCUGACUAUGCAAAUCCAAUCCAGCCUUUGAAGAAUAUUUAUCUUCCUCAUGUCAUGUUACUGGCCAAAAUAAAAAUGAGAAUUGGACAUACGUUGGCCAAGCAAGUGUAUUACAACAGUAAGAAGAAAGACUUCACGAAGUGGCUGUCUCCUCUUUAUCUCUUUGAGGUGGCGCUGAAGCUCUGUAAGAUCUCAGCAGCAGAGGAAAGGGAGGUGGAAGCUGAAAUCCUUUUUCAGAAAGGGAAAAUACAGCGGCAGAUUCUGAUGGAAGACAGAUCUCCAGUUACACAAGUGGAAAGCUUUUUUGAAGCUAUACAUCUAAGCUUGAGAAAUGAUCAAAACUCAGGGCUGAUAAGAGAUUCCUACCUGGAGAUUGCCCUACUGUACUUUCAUCAGAAGAAAGCAAAGAAAAAACUUUCAGGAACACCAUCAAUAAUUAAGCCUCUUCUCAGAAGACAUAGUUCUUCUAUUAAAGAACCAAUAGCAAACCGAUUUGAAAUGUACAGUUCAUUGGCCUGGAUUGCAAUAAGAGCUGCUGCCCAGGUCAGCGAGGCUGUGCUGGAAACCAACCUGCUGAUUGGGAAGAAGAAUGCUAGAACAGACAAAGUUAGUAAUGUGGUAUUACAGAAUAUUCCAGAAUUUGCCACUGUGGAUCUUUUGUCUUCAUAUACAGACUAUUUGUUUGAAAACUACCAAGUUGUCUUCCAGACUUCUCAUUCAUUUUCUCACCAAAAUGAUGAGAUCUGUGAGCAUACAGAUGCCAAAAUUACCAGAGUGGAUGUUACAUGGAUUCUUCUCCUACGUUACUACAUACAUCUGCAAAGAAUUAAUAAUAUGAGCAAACUGCUAGCAUCUGCCACGCCAGUAUCUGGGAUUUCUUUACCUGAUGAUACGCUUCUCACGUCUCUAUACAACUCGGGGCUGAUAUUACGCCAAAAAGAAAUGCAUUUGUUUCUUAAAAAAUACUUACAACUCUAUUCAUCUUCUUGUAUUGAAGAAUUUCCAAAAGAGCUUUAUCAAGGUUUGGAAAAUAUCCUCACUUCAGAAAGACCCUUAUAUGAAUCAACAAGCAAGAUACGUCGUAACAGUUCAGUGCAGUCUGAUAUUUCUGUAAAGCUCCCUGCCAGUGUAUCUUAUGUGAGCAUGGCUUCAUCAAAUACAGCAACACAAGCUUUAAACAAGGAACUUUGCUUUCAGUGGUAUAUUCCUCCCCUGGACAAACCUCCUACAGACACAGAACCUAUGGUUUUAUUAUUAUAUGCAUAUAACUUAAAACCCAUAAGGAUUGUAGAUGCUAGACAGUCCACUGGCAACAACAUCUGUGUUGGCUCCUCCUGGUUUCCACUGAACAAAGUCAUUGCAAUUCAUGAGAACCUGUCUAAUCUGGCACAAAUAGCUGAAUUAUCAUUGCCGGCAUUUCCUGAAGUCCCUUCAGAUGAAAACAUAUAUGAAUUACCUGGAACAGAACAGAAGUCAGUUGAUAUAGAUAUGGAAAACAUGAUUAUUAAAUGCUGCUCUGAAAUAGCGUCACUGUUUGCAGGUGACAGAGAGCCCACACCACUGACAGAGGUUCCAUUUGAUGUCUCCCUGCCUUCCAUAUUCAACCUUGAGAGGCUUUUUGAUCUUUCCAAUGGCUGUAUUAUAUCAGGAGGAACCCUGUUCAGCUGGAUGGUGUCAAUCAUUCCCUGAGCAUCCUGUACAUGGUAACCUAAGGAGGGACUUAAUUGUUUCUAGAGCUUUCCUCCUAUAGCUAACAGAAUUUUAUAGGAAAUUUGUAUAUUUGAUUUGGGAAGAAGUUUGAACAGAUCAGGCCUUCCAUAUUUGAUAUUUCUGAGAGGUACCAGCUUUGGAGGUACCAGCAACAGUUUUGGAAUUAUAUAAGCUUUGGUGUGGAGAUUCUCUACUACUUGCUGGCUUUACAGCUUCAAAAAAUUGAUUGUAAUGCUUAAGCCUUUAUUUCUUCAUUGAUAAGAAUGAGGACAUGUAUGUGUACCUCAUAGACCUUCUGUAUGUGUUAAAGUAAUAAGAUGCUUAGCACAAGGCCUUAUGUAGCAGGCUGCAGGGAGUACCAAUCUCCUUCUCAACUGAGAGAGAACUGUGCUUUUCCAGCUCUUUUUGUCUAGUAUAUUAACAAUGUCACACACAUAUGGUUCCAGCCUCUGACCCAUGAAUAGAUACUCAAAAGAAAAAUAGACAAAUAAAUGAAUGAAUAAAUAAAGGUAUACUUUCCCAAA